AGCUGUGUAUAUGGUGUUAAUUAAUAUAUUUUUCUAUCAUGACAUAGAAAAUUACUCAGCAUGUCCAAGAAAUAACAACGAACACGAAGUGCAGUGGAAAUGUGCAGCAAUACGAUGUCCAAGCCCGGGUUACGGUCACUGACAGCCCUAACCACAAUCCUAUAUCUAACACAGUCCGGAUUCGCUUCAGACAUUCACCCUAAAGAGGAAUCAAGGUCAGUAGUGGAGCAGUCUUCCUUAGAUUACUGUCGAAAGAAAUGAAAUCAACAAAAGCCACCACAAUCGCAUGCUUUCCCAUAGUCAAGUCCUCUACACUUCCCAGAGUGCCCGUGUCGGUUUGGUCAACCAUCAGCGGCUGGGGACUAGAGGUUGACGGCUGUAACAACACUCAACAACAGGCCUGCUACAACCUCCUCCUGCCCCCCGAGGACGCUCAUCCACACGCCCCUAGGGAGGGGGAGGGACUCACUCUAACUGUCCUCAACCAAAGGAAUGCUGCUGUCGUCUUUCACAAGGUGUUCCCGCUCGGUCACUACUGGGCGCACUAUGCUGACCUACAGUGGCACUUGGAUCGCGUGGCACCCGGACGCAUCCUCGUCCUCACGGUAGCCGUGUCUGGCGCCAUGGGACUCCGCCAAGCAGCCCUCCAACUCGCUCGCCUCGGCUCCCUCUUCGCCUUGCACCUCACGCCCAUGGCACACUGGACAUGGGUCUUCGUCAAGGGCGGCCGCACCAUUUCAGAGACGGUCAUCCUUCAAGGACUAGCUCAACACCAGGCUCACCUUAUUCUGCCUCUCUCCGAUCUACCCACGCCCACUACUCCCUCCAAUCAAACGCUGCAACAACAACGCUGGCACUACUGCCACCUGCACGCUGCCAUGGGCGGACUUUGCGACGAGCACACUCCGGACCCGCUGCCGCCGCCCCCGCCGCCUACCCUCCCGCGCCAAUCCGCCCUCGCCCAUGUGCCCGUCGUGGUCACAGCCGGGGCCCGGCACCAGUACCUCUACCACACCCUCAAUGCCCUCCUCACUGCCCCAGGGGCACAACGUAACAACGUCCUCGUCGUGCUUGGGGACGCACCACAGCCUACCACGCAACUGCUACGUCUCAUCAACGUCAACUUCACCAAAGUUCCUGUUCACGGGGAAGGCAACCUCAAGCUCUUCCGUUACUACCGUAGCGUCUUCCAACUGGUGGCUCGCACCUUCCCCGACGCCCCUGCAGUCAUUUUCCUGGACGAGGACGUCGAGGUCUCCCCAGACUUCUUCUCCUACAUGAGCCAGACUCUGUGGCUGCUCCGCGAGGACCCCACACUCUACUGCAUCAACGGUUUCUCUGCGACUGGGUUGAAAGAUCGUGCAUUCAAUCCUUCUAGAGUGCUCCGAGGCAGCGUGCAGGUCGAGUGGGGCUUUGCUCUGACUUUGAGUUUCAUCCGCGAAGUGCUGUCUAUUUGGCCUGAUAAACCUUCCGAUAUCAAUAUCUAUGACUACUGGAUAUAUAUCCAUGCCCGACAUGGAAGAGAGUGUGUGUACCCGGAAAUGAGCAGAACAUUUCACUACGGAAUGGGCAUGAACUCUAACGCCUGGACUGAGGAAACCAUUUUCUUAUCUAUGCCUCUGUUACGAGAACGUUACGUUGACUUAACGCGAGCGUCAGACCUCCAAAUGAACAACUGGCGACGUAGACUUUCCUAUAAUAUCUCUAAUGCCACAGUUCUGCGAGGAAAUCCAUGUUCACCAAAUUUCAUACCUUCCGAUGAUUUAAACGACCACUAUGUGUUCUAUUAUCGACUUGACAGCAUGGAAGCCGGCAACCCAAGUAUGUUCCAAUUCUUCCAACUCUUUAAUUGUGUGGGGACUUGGAGCAUAUCUGAGCAAGGGCAUCACGAGGGCGUCAGCAUAGUGACGCUCUCUGCUCGCGCCACACUCUACCUCGUGGGCGCACCGUAUUCCUCCUACUCGCACCUCCGCCCACCCACCGUCUCAUUGUGGGACAUCAAUACUAUUCCCGAGGAAGAAUUCGCUGUUGUCGAAAAAAAUGAAAUUAACAAGCAUAAAUUCCAAAACACAAUUAGGAAUAUGGAUAUGACUGAAGAAGACCUAAUAAACAUUUUAUCAAUGCAAAUCAACUCCUUUUCUCUGAAGCUUUUAAUGCCGACGUCCACGACCUACGUGCGCAAACUAAUAGCACUUACCACAAUCCUACUGACAACUCCGCCCGGAUUCUUAGCAGACAUCAAACUCAAGGUGGACUCAAGGUCAGUGCUAGAGCCUUCUUCCUCAUAUGGACUUCAACACUAA